AUGUCUGCCACCAUCGAAGAGGUCCAGUCCGACCACUCGGAGCACGAGCAUGACCACGACCACGAUCACGACCACGACCACGACGAGGACCCGACCUCGCAGGCCGCCCUCGAGAAGAUCCAGUCGCGCUCUGAGCGCAAGGCGCGCAAGGCGCUGCUCAGCUUGGGCCUCAAGAAGGUGCAGGGCAUCACGCGGGUGACCCUCCGGAGGCCAAAGAACGUUCUGUUCGUGAUCGCCACCCCCGACGUGUACAAGUCGCCCAACAGCGACUGCUACAUCGUGUUCGGCGAGGCGAAGAUCGAGGACAUGAACCAGGCUGCCCAGCUCAACGCAGCGCAGCAACUCGCCAGCGGCGGCGCGGGCGUGCCUAGCAUCGACGCCUCCGGUGUGGCGGACGGCGACGAUGACGACGAUGACAUCCCUGAGCUCGAGGAGGUGCAGGAGGAGGGCCCCGUGGAUGAGACGGGUGUCGAGCCAAAGGACAUUGAGCUCGUCAUGCAGCAGGUCGGCUGCUCACGAGCGAAGGCCGUGCGUGUGCUGAAGGAGAGCGGUGGUGAUCUGAUCAAUGCUAUCAUGGCUGCCAGCGAGUAG